AUGAACAUCACCGUGUGCUUCUCAGUCUUCCUGCUGAGCACCACCCUGGUCUUCAGCAGGGAGCCCGACGCCAACACCACGCUGCCCUGGAACACAAGCUCUUCGCCCGAGCUGCGUGACUGGGGCGCCCCCACGCAGUUUACCGAAAUGAAGCUCUUCCUCAUCUCGCCCAUCCUCUGCCUGCUGGUGGCUGCCGCGGUCAUCCCCUUCAUCUUGUUUGCCAUCUUCUCCAACUUCCAGGCCCGCCAGGAGCCGCGAUACCUCAUCUUGGGCAGCGCCAUGCUGUAUAACCUGUUCUACCUCCUCUUCUACACACUCUCCACCAUCUUGAAUGUGGCUGAUUUUCGACUGCCCAGGACUGCCUGCGUCCUCCUCCUGUUUCUGAUCUCACAGGCCUACUGCGGCGGGCUGCUCACCGCUGUGGCCAUGGUGCUGGACACAUACCUGGCCAUCCUGUGGCCACUGCGCUAUGUCUCCAUCAUGACCUUGCUCCGAACCAAGAAGCUCAUCUUAUCCAUUUGGGUCUUUGCUGGCCUUUUCCCCGCCACAGUCUUCUUCAUCCUGUGGGCCACACAAGAGCCAACAAUCUGCAAUGUGGAAAUCUGCUCCCUCCCGGUCAUUCUGGUGAUGACCCUGCACGGAGACAAUGCUGUCAGACUCUGCUAUGUCCUGUCAGUUACCUCCCUCUUCCUCUGCCUCUUCCUAAUUACUUUCUGCUACUUCAGCCUCUAUAUGAAAACCCGCCAGUUGGGCAUUUGGAAGGGUAUAGCCUCCCGGGCCAGUGUCACAUUUCUGAUGCAUUACACAAUACUGUUCUUAUACUUUUGCCCACUUCUGGCCCAUGUGGUCGAAACACUGCUUUACCGUCAUCACCACAUCAGCCUCCAGACUGGGAUCUGGUUGUCACUGACUAUCUGUAACAUCCUGGUGGUCCUGCCCAAAGCUCUGUCUCCUUACCUCUAUGGACUGCGCUACAGAGAGAUCACUAAGAGCCUUAGACUCCUGUGUGCUUGGAAGUAUCCUAAUUUGAGGACACCAGCUGUGUUAUCUUGA